GGGCGGGGCGACGGGCGGGGUCACCCUCAACGCCGCCGGGGUUGUGGCUACUUUUUAGGUUUUUCCUCGCAGGGUUGCUCGCGGGAAAUGGGCCGCUCAAACUUCUUCGCUUCCUUCAGCCACUGAGCCACCGAAGAGCCGCGCUACUGUUCGAGGGUGAGGUCGAGCCGCCUCUCCCCUCUCCCCACCGCCCGAGAAUACAUACAAAGAAGCUUGGGACAAGAUAUUUAUCUAAUUUCUGUGGCAAAAUUAAAGACUUGUCAUGAUAAUGAAGAAAGAAACUGAAUUUGUCAUUUUCACCUAAAGAAAAAUGAUAGACAAAAAUCAAACCUGUACAGGACAGGACUCUAUGCCCUAUUUGAGUUGUCUGAUUCACAUAUUUGAAGAAUGGUUUGGCGUGGAACAAUUGGAGGACUAUUUGAAUUUUGCAAACUAUCUCUUAUGGGUUUUUACACCACUAAUACUUUUAAUACUUCCUUACUUUACUAUUUUUCUUCUCUACCUUACUAUUAUUUUCUUACACAUUUAUAAGAGGAAGAAUGUAUUAAAAGAAGCCUAUUCUCAUAAUUUAUGGGAUGGCGCAAGGAAGACAGUAGCAACUCUGUGGGAUGGACAUGCAGCAGUUUGGCAUGGUUAUGAAGUUCAUGGAAUGGAAAAAAUACCAGAAGGACCAGCACUUAUAAUUUUUUAUCAUGGAGCUAUUCCCAUAGAUUUUUAUUACUUCAUGGCUAAAAUUUUUAUCCAAAAAGGCAGAACUUGCCGAGUCGUAGCUGAUCACUUUGUCUUUAAAAUUCCAGGGUUUAGUUUAUUACUUGAUGUAUUUUGUGCUCUACAUGGACCAAGAGAAAAAUGUGUUGAAAUUCUGAGGAGUGGUCACUUGUUAGCUAUUUCACCAGGUGGAGUUCGAGAAGCCCUAAUUAGUGAUGAAACCUACAACAUCAUAUGGGGUAAUCGUAAAGGCUUCGCUCAGGUUGCAAUUGAUGCAGAAGUGCCCAUUAUUCCUAUGUUUACACAAAAUAUUCGUGAAGGAUUUAGAUCACUUGGAGGAACAAGGUUAUUUAGGUGGCUUUAUGAAAAAUUCCGCUAUCCAUUUGCUCCAAUAUAUGGAGGUUUUCCAGUGAAGUUUCGUACCUACUUAGGUGAUCCCAUUCCAUAUGAUCCAAAGUUAACAGCAGAAGAAUUAGCCGAAAAGACGAAGAAUGCUGUUCAAGCUUUGAUUGAUAAGCACCAAAGAAUACCAGGAAACAUUAUGAGUGCUUUGUUAGAACGUUUUCAUAAAAGUCAAAACAGCCACUAGAAGACGAUUUAAUAUAUUUAUAUUAUUAUGUUUGUGUCUAUGGUACUGUACUGUCUUUUAAAUUUUGUAGGUUUCAUAAUUAGUAUUUUUGUAAAAAUCAUGUUAAAAGCAUCUUUUGUUGAACUUGUUUAAAAUUGUAUUAUAUAUUUUGUUUCAUGCAGUUUUGUCAUAUUUAAACAAUAACUCAUUACAUGCCUAACAAUUCAGAAAGUGAUCAUGUUUCUUCUUAUAAAUUCCUAAUAAUGUAUGGUAAACAUAUAGAUUAUUAGAGUUAGGUUUAAUAGCAAUUUAGGUUAAACAAACAUUCCUAAAUAAUGUAUCUACUUUCUGUAUCUGUUGUACUGAGCUAAUUUUGCAAGAUGGUAUAACCUACGGUUAGUGCAGAUGCUUAAGCUAGAAAAAGAAUGCUUUUAUCUGCUUUUCAUUCCUUCCAUGACCUUGGGCAAGUCACAUAAUGUUUUUGUGCCUCAACAAUGCCAGAGGGGAGGAUGACUGGAUGAAGAAGGUGAAGGUGUUAGCUAAAGAACAUACAUGCAUACCCUAUGGACAUCUCCAGACAAUAGUGUGGUGAAAAGGG